GUCAGUGAGGGAGCUCAGCGACGACCGCUCAUAUCAUCAACAUGCCGAAGGCGUCACCUCCGACACGCCGCAGCCGGUCUACCAAGCGCACCCCAUCCAGCGUCGCUCCGCAGAGCACAAGGGGCGCCCUCAGGGGCCGCUCAGCGCCUAGAGGCAGCUCAGUCGCGGCUACGCCCCAACGUUCUCCAGUCCCAGCGCCAGCGGACGCCGGGACCUCUAUGAUGACGGCCACGAGUGUCCAGCCACACUCGUCCGGUGCACCAGCUGCCCCUGCCGACACUGUCACGUUCAGCAGGGAGCAGCUGAGCGAGAUGAUCGGUGAGAUGGUUCAGGCUGCUGUGGCAGCCGCUGUGCCAGCGGCCGUCCCCGUCCCAUCGACGUCUCAACAUACGUCGCCGGGGGCACCUCUAGACCUCAGGCAGCCGACGACCGCAGUGUUCCCGCAAAUGGGCUCCGGAGGAAACGAACACCCAGGUACUCUUAACAAGAUGGAUGAUGUAAUAAUAUUAAGUGAUGAUGACUAUACUCCACCUGCUGCUCAGCAACACAGGAAAGCCACAUCAGACAGCAAGAUAGAUCAGACUGCUCGCUGUUCGCUGGCUGCCGUGACCAAAGCUGACCAAAGGCCGAACCCCGGAGCCGAUGACGCGGAACCGCCCGAACCCCGUGAUCGGCACUUGUCGACCGGCAACUGCUCCAAGUCGGUCGCAGAUGACCGGACUGCCCGCCCCAGACGACCGGCUGGUGCUGUCGGCGGGGAGGAGGCCAACCCGAAGCCCAAGUGUGCCCGCUUGGACUCCGGGCGUCGCGCUGACCAGAAAACAGAAGAGACAUCACAGUCGAAACCGGAACCGGAACCGGAGCAGGAACCAGAGCCGGACCCAUGUAAAGAUGGUCUGGAGGAGGUGUGCGCUCUGCUCAAGCCGCUGCUGUCCGGGCCCGAGCUGAAGAUAGAGGCGAAGGUGCGGCGCCGCCACGCUGCCGUGCUGGCGCUGACUAGCGGACAUCCCGGACGAGUCCAGCACCUUAUCGGUGUGACUCGGCAGUGUGCCGAACGGCUGCGCGCAGAGCCGGACCUCUGCUUCACCGUGGUGCGCGGCUUCCUAGAGCAGCUCGACCAGUUGAAGAUCGCGGCAUCUUCGGCGCAGAGCUGCUCCGCGCCGCGAGUGGCGGUAAAAGCAAACGCCGCCGCUGACAACACUGAGACAGCAGCGCUGCUGUCUCAUUAUUCGUCGACAUUCUUCGUCGCUCGACGAAUAAUGUCGCAAAAACAGCAGACAAAGUUGAGGGAAACACGUCGACAUCGACGUCACGUGGCCAAGUUAGAGAAGACGCUGCGCCGGCUGGAGCGCGAAAUCGUGCGUCAGGAUAAGCUGGAGGUGGACUGGGAUGACGCCGCCUGCUCGGCUUACAUCGUGGGUGCCCGCCUAAAGCGGCGCUACGUGCAGGUGUACCGCUACUACUGCCGGCUGGUGGGCGCCGCCGAUGAGGCUGAGAAACUCGACUGGCGGCCCAUCCGCUUCCACGGCACCGGCUACUCGGAGAUCAACCGGGGCAUCGAGAAGUUCGUCAACCGCACUCGCGAGUUCCCCGACUUCACGGACGUGCUGAGCCUGAUCAAGCAGGCCAACCAGCGCUAUCGGCUACAGCUCGGCCCGACGGCGCUGCACGACCUGGCCGAGGAGGCGUUUCAGCAGAUUGGAACGCUGCUGCAGAAGAGGCGCCGCGCCGCGCUCGCCGAGUCCAUGGAUGCGCUGACGGGCACCGAAGACUGGCGUGGCCGCGAUCCGUCGGCGACCGACCCGAUUCUGGCCAAGAAGCUAGCUCAGAGCGGCGCCGAGGGCUCCAAGAGGCUCAAUGAGAAGUUUAGUGACUUUGUACAGCGUCAGGAGACGAUGGCUGCUGAGCGGCGGAUGAAGCGCGCCGAGUCGGACAAGGACGAAGACGGGAGGGAGGAGGAAGAGAACGAGGACGAGGAUGAGGAUCAGGAGGACGAGGAUCAGGAGGACGAGGACACGGAGGAGUCUGAGGUGACGGACGAGGAGCUGGAGGCGAACCGCGAGGAGCCGGCUGGCGCCAAUACCUUCGGGCUGGAUUAUAGUGAUCAGGAGGGCGUCCCGAUGGGUUAGAGUUGUCCGAAACAGUGGCUGUAAUGGCGGCAAGAGAUGGAAGCAGUGGAUGGACCUGGAAAUGGAGUGAAGAUUAACAGUGGGGAAAGACGAGUGAUGCGCCUGAUUCGCGUAGCGCGGUAAAGGUCGAAAAUAGCGCAAAAUCUGAGGCGAUUGCUGAUCUAGUGACUUGUCUUCAGAGUGCAGUGAGGACAUGGUUCCCGAAUUCGAGAAAGUUGAAAUGCCUGCUGAGUCGCUGGACUUCCUUCCUGAGCCUGAGCGAGCCAAUGUCGAUGUGGUGGAAGUGAAGGAGGACGUCAGUUCGUGGUGGAAGUGAAGGAGGACGUCAGUUCCGACGGCCCCGGGAAGAGGGCGUGACGCUGUCCCUGAGUGAGCGAAUUUUCGCCGCCGCCGAUUCAUAGACAGGUCAAUAAGCGAGAUCGCGACUGUAUGCUUCUAGUGCAUAAUGUGCUAAAAGUGAGGUAACAAUAGCCGUUUUCACGACGGCCAUCUGGUACACAUUUGGUGCACAUCUGGUGCAGAUCAGGUGCAGAUUUGGUCAAAUGAGGUUCAGUGUGUCUCUUAGUAGCUAUCAGCUAGAAUUGCACUAACUGCUUAUAUGCCUGCUUUGUCAUAUUAUCAGAGAGCAUCAUCGAUUAAAACACUGAAAUAAAUUCAUAAAAUAAAGA